UGCCAAUAUUCCGUUACAUGUUGCUGUGUGACAGCUGAAAGCAGAGGAGCAGCCUGACAAAAUGGCAUCUGACAGGGAAGUGCACAUGAAACAAUGGUGAAAAAUUGAAUUCCGCCAUGCAGAAAAAAUGGCACCUUGUGACAUUCACUAAUGCUUGCUGAACCAAACAGUUGAUGUGAGCAUACUGAGGCAGCGAGUGGUUGCGUUUUGGCAGUGGCAACAGCAACUUCCGCUGGUGCUGAUUUUUAUGAACAUGACAUGCAUACUCUUGUUCAUUGCUGGUGAAUAUGAAUCACUGAUGGUGGUGACUAUGUCGAAAAAGAGUGUUCUAUAGUUGAGAAUUUGAUCUAUAAAACAGUGUUCUUCUAUCUAUUCAAGUUUCUGUGGAAAUAAAUAGAAGGCAUUACUUUUGGAGUGACCUACAUAAUACAAUUUGUAUAUACUCUGUGCGACCCUAGCAAACCAAAAGGUUGGACACCCAUGCCUUAGCCCAAACAGAACCAUCCUAUGCUUCCUCAUUCGGCUUCCUCAUUCGGCUGCUUUUCAUGCUGACCUCACAAGGUUUACACAAGAAGUAACCAGGUACCAGCGUUUUUAAUACCUCAUAUAAAAAACACGCAUUAUCCAACUCAUAACUACAGUCACUCGAAUCAAGAUCCAAGUUGUGUUUGCGUGAAGUCACACCUGGACCUAUCUAAACAAUGCCUCUGGUAACAGUAUAUCCUUGUGAAUUAAAUCCAUGAGACAGGAAGGUUCCCAAAUAAUCACACUCUGUCAUCUCAUUUUUCUACUGUUUCACUGUCCACAGUAGGGACAACAAACCAUGUUCCAGAUCUAAAUAUCUUGUUUCACUGCCACUGAAAGAUUAGGAGCCAAACUCUAGCAGCCUUUCUGUUCUUCAUACUUCUUUUAGCUAGACACUACAAUGGGAGCCACAUUUCCCUGAGAUCCCAGUCUACAUAAAUAGUGUCAGACUGCUGUACCUGGCCUGGCUGUUGGAAUGGCCUCAGUUCUGUUACUAAUAAUUUGUUAGUUUCAGCUGGGACAGAGUUUUUUUUUUCUCCUCAACGACUGGUAUGACACUGUGUUUUGGUUUUACAAGAAAGACAACAUGGAUAAAUACACCCAUGUUUCUAGUUGUUGCUGAGAAGAGUUGUGAAGAGCCCGUUGUUCUGUUGCUAAGCAGAGUUGUACAGAGGCAAGGCAGUUCCAGUUUCUCAGCUCCUAUCAGCAAAGGGCUGGGGGAGGAGGGGGGGGAGAGGCAAGAAGCUGGGAGGAGACAGAAUCAGGAGAGUUAACUUAAUCUGGCCGAAGGGAUAUUCCAUACCAUAUGACACAAUGUAGAAGGACUUUUGAAAGGAAUUGGAGUUUUUUCUCUCCCUUUUCUGCUUCUUAGGGGCUAGCUGGACAUCAUUAUGCAGGUGGUGAGCAAUGAUUGUGCAUCACUUGUUAUAUACAUACACAUAUGUAUUUGUCAAAAUUACUAUACUUUUCCUUCUCUCUGUCUUAGUUUUAUCUCAACUCAUAAGUUCUACUUGGUGCCUGGUACUUUGUGCCUGGUUGUUUUUUUUUCUACGCCACUGUGAAGGGGGAAGAGUGAGCAAACAACUGUGUGGUGCUUAGCCACCUACCAGGUGAAACCACAAUAUAAUUCUAACACAUUCUCAUCCUAUUCAUUCCAUUCCCAUGAUUUUCCUUUUUUAUGUGAAUUAUGUAAGAGGUGAGCAAUAACAGAAAAAUCAGUUAUGUGUGUACAUCAAUAAUCUAGAGCUCCCAGCAACUGCUGGAAUUCCUUUUUGAUAGGUGGUUUCUGUGUAUGUUCUGUUCCUUCUGGGGUGUCUGAAGGAAUUUCUAGUGUUGAGGUUAUUACUUUUUCUUAUAUACCUUCCAUAAUAUGUUUGACUUCUGCUGAAUUGUUUCCUUGCCUAUAAUCAGUCAUAAGCCACCACUGUCUGUUCAGCUUUUUCACCAGACAGUUGAGUUAUGCAGGGAAAAUGAGUGAUAAUGUUUCCGUUUCCCAAGUAGAAGGGAAGUAGAUAUGUAAACAUGGCCACUGGCAAGGGGUUCUGAAUCACAACAGCAAUUUUUGAUAGAGCACGGGCACAGAGAUAUCUAACAGAUCUACAGCAUUAGGCUCAUCCUCUCCCCCAUUAACAGCAAAACUCCAGAAUGAAUCAAGAGUUUCCACGUUUUGACACACUACAGAGCAAAUCCUAAAACAUUUGGUGUGGGUCAGUGCAAUCUUCCCAGGAGCCACAGAGUGAUUUUUGCUGUGAGGCAUUCCUUUAUGACCAAACCAAUCCUUGUAAAUCUGACUUUAUGGUGACCAGGCCUCACAUUCGAGAAAAUUUGUAAAAAUUCUUCCUGGUCCUCCUGAUAUAGCAAUAAUAGGUUUGAUUUUGAUAAACAGUUAUACAUGUAUGAGUUCAAGGGUAAGAUCAUAAUCCAAGUUUUCCACUGGUUCAUGGGUGUCAUCACCAGAUAUUCCCAUCGUGUAUUGGAAUUGGCAGAAUGUGUUAAUCUGUGGAAUUGUUUAGCAAAGACUGAGAAUGGAGUCUGGUUUAGUAAAAGAUUUAAUUUUUCCUGUAGUUGGCUUUAUCUUCUUCCAGCUGACAUCAACAGCAUUUUAAGCUCCCUGAGUUCUAUUUUUAGACUCAUAGAUUCAUAGAAUGGCUUGGGUUGCCAUAAGGUUAAGGGAGUUCUCUGGGCAAGCUGUUCCAGUGCCCUCUGAGAGAAAAAUUUCCUCCUAACAUCUAACCUAAUCUCCCAUCUUAUACUUUAAAACUGUUCCCCCUUUUCCUAUCACUAGUAGACCAUGUAAAACGUCAGUCCUCCUCAUACUUGUAAGCUCCCUUCAAUACUGGGAGGCUGCGAUGCAGUCUCCAAAGAGCCUUUUCUUCUCCAAGCUAAGCAACUCCCAACUCCCUCAACCUCUCUUCAUAGAAGCCCUGCUCCAACAGCUACACAUCCUUCCUGUGCUGGAGGCUCAAGACUUGGACACAGUUCUCCAGGGCCUAACGAGUCAGAGUAGAAGACGACAAUCACUUCCCUCUUCCUAUAGGCCAUCCCUCUUUUUAGGUUUUGGUUUUCAUCAUGAGAGUAUCUAAUUGUGUCUCCAGUUUCUCUCAGUUUCCCUCUUUCAACAAUUAAUACAGUGUUGUAUGAAAACACCACACUGAGGGGCAAUGCUGAGGCAGCGUUGAGAUAUUCUUCUGAUGCUACUAAAGGUGGUCAGAGGGCUAUGUAUGAGAGUGCACCUACAAAUUCUGUAUAAAUAUUUUCAGCAUUGAGACUGUUGGGAAUUUUUUUUCUCAAGAAGGCUUGCCCAAUUAUCUUUAUUGCAAAAAGAGACAUAGGAGGGUCUUUAGCUUUCCUUGUUCAAAUAAAGAAUCUACUAGGGGCACUUCCCAAAAGGGUCUCUCAACCUACCAGAGGUCACAGACUUACUUCUAUUUCCCAGCCGUAUUGUCCCUUCUCCUUUCCUCUGUGACUGAACUGCCUGGAGAUUAGAGUCUUCCCAGUCCGCCUAAUACAUGUUCCCCCAUGUAUGUAAGCUACCCUGUGUAUCAAACAUCACAUGUACAAUUAGCUCUAACCGUAUGCUGCCCAAAGUGUAAAAAUUUAAUAUUAAUUAGCCUAUUAAGCGCAUGCAGUAAGUCCAAAGUUCAUAGUUUGUCGGUUGACCUCUGUAAGUGAAGCCUUAUUUGGUGAGUUUACAGCCACCAUAUGGAGAGGAAUUUGCAAGCCUCAGCUCAACUUGUCUGCAAGGACUUGUUGUCCUUGCUUCUUUUGUCUCAAGACUGAUAAUAUUGUUUCAAACACACUCCUAGUCUUGACGCCACAAGAAAUUCAUCAUGCUCUGGACAGAAGAUUCAGUUAGCUCCUUACACACAGCCACAGAAGCAGAGAAGUGAGGGCAAAGAAUUUUGUGCUCUGGAGAAGAGUGCAUGUGGCAGAAGCCCGAGGCCCACCACCGGAGUUAGGCCAACGCUAGUCGUACUGAAAGACCCAGGGGAGCAAAAGCCCUUUACGAAGGGCGAGCAGCUUCUCCUGCGCCUCUUCAGCCCGACUAACGGCUUCUAUCUUAACACUCCCGCUCUCGUCCUUCUUCUCAGCCCACACAAAAUGGCCACCGCCGCUGAGGAGGAAGAGAUCAUCGCAGGACUGUGGCAGGAAGGGAGCACGGGAAAGGGAGGAGAGCGCGUGUGUGAAGGAGAGAAGGGGCGGGACAAGUUGUCUCUUACUAACACCAGCAUGACUUUAACCACUGAACUAGGAGAUCUGCAAUUGUUGGGGAACACAGGCUACACUGGAGAUGGAGAAGCUUUCCUGGCGGUUGGGAGGUCCUGUGUGAUGUGUCCAUCUGUAGAAGUUUUUUCUCCAGAAAUCAACUGUAUAGCUCCUGAUCCUUCAUAUGAAAACCAGAAAUUAAGUUAUGAAGAUCUCUCUCCAGAGGCAAUUCUGUGUCCAGAUACCUUUCUGGAGGAGAUAGUAACACCACAAGAUAUAUUUCGACAUGUUUUAGAAGAUUGCCUGAGGCCCACCGUGACUGUGAUUGACACAGAUAACAGCACAGAGGAACAACUCUCCAAUAAUCAUAAAGAUCUUUCAUUGUCAGCCUUUGGGAAGAUUCUUAUGGAAUCACUGUCACUCACUGAACAGAGCUUAGGGACUGGUGAACUUGAAAUCAGUGAUUGGUUGAGAUUUCUCAGUGAUUCUGGGAAUCCUACAGCGAUAUUAGAGUAUCCUGAUCAUGUCUUUUCCAGUGAUGCACCAGCAGAUAAGAACAGUGAUGCUCUGCUAGUAAAGCCUGUGGCAGAUCUGAAUUCUAUGUUAGGAUCUGUAGUGCAGCCUGACAUACCUGUAGUGCCAAGCAAGAGACAGCUUAACACCAAGGAAGAGCAGGCAAAUUCAGAACACGAUAUUGCCAGGCAAGUGGGGGAUGACUGUACACAGACAACAAGCAUGCUUGAGCCUCAGCUUCCUGUGAUUCAGCUGGAUAAAUCAAAAACUUCAACAGGAUCUAGCUUGCAGAGGACAACAUAUGAGCAGCUUGUGAGUGAUCAUCAGAAAGGGAAAGAAGUAAUUUCAAAUUUUUGGAGUGCCACCUGUAAUGAAAAACGAGCUAGAAAGAGAAGUUCACAUUUAGUAGAGGCUGUUUUAUGUGCAGAAACCAUUAAAACAACAUCAGGGAGAACAAUGGAACUAAGAGAGACUUCCUCAGUAAGUAAAAUACAGAAAUCUUCUGAAAACAAGCAAGAUCUGGAAAUCAACAGGUUCCAAGAAGUAUCUAAGAACGAGGAUAGAAAAGCUGAGAGAAGGAGGAGCAAAAGAAUCAGAGAUAAAAUGAGUAAGAUGUCUCUCUGAUAAGUAUGAGACAAUUACUUUUUCAUUUAAACAGCUAUACUGAACCAAAUGUAAUUCAAAGUCUUUCCACUAUAUUGUGUCAUGAAUUUCUUUUAGAAAGAUGAUAGGAACGUUUAUUUUAAUAAUUAAAGUCAUCAAUAACUUACUUUGCUUAAGUCUGCCUAUUACCAGCUAGCACUUUAUUUGUGUACACAAACUCAGUAAGAAUAAUGAGAGUUUUUUCAGAAUGCAUUUUUUAUUAUACAACAAUAUAUGAAACGUUAUGUUUCAGUGUCUGUGGAAGAGAAGAAAAUUGCUUUCUUACAGAGUUAAAAGUAGAUCCUAAUUCUAUAAUCUAGUAUUUGCUAUGCAACCUCACUUUGAGAGCAGCACAAUCCUUAAGAAUUCACCUAUACAAAGCAUUUUAUCCUAUAUUAAAGGCUUUCUUCUGAUACUCUAUUCAGGUAUAAAGCAAGGUUAUUGACCUUCCCUCUUACUGUCACUGACUGCCCUUUGAAGUAUUCUUCCUUGCAGUGGCCUUUGUCAGAAAGGAAGUUUGCUGUUUUUCGUACUCUGAAGAUGCAAACAAACUCUUUUGACUCAUUAGAGUGGUAGGAGAAUACAAAAUUCCCAUACUUAUAUGCUGACUUUGGAGCCUACCUUUAAGAUUGAGAUCUUAGAAGUUUGUUCAGUCUGGAUUUAUCUGUGCAAUUACAAUCAUUCAAAUAGGUUAAAAAGUUUGUAAGUAUUAAAACUGUAACAUCUAUCUUGUAGAUCUCGGAAAAUAUCGAUAAUUCUACUACCAAUUAUCAACUCUUAUCACAGGGUUUUCAUUAUUCCCCAUAGGAGUACCAUUUUUGUGAGAUUCAAACUAAUCUACUUAAUGACUUAGUUUCUACUUAAAGAAUAAGCUUUUGUUUUUAGCACAAUUUUUGCUGAAGGAAUUGCAUUGCCUGUAGAGGUAUUUUCAUGUUACUCUAACCUAACAAACACUUCCCUUUUACAUGAGGUCUAGUAAUCAGGACUCUGAGAUGUCUUAGGUUGGUAAUUCACUGAAAAAAAAGCUUCACUAAUGUUAUGGUUUGGAUCAUUCGGCAUCAGUCUGACAAUAGGAAGGUCGAAGGUAAGGUAGGAUAGAAGUAAUAGGACUUCUUGAAGUAACAAUGUCUAGUUAAAUUCUGUUAAGUAUAACAUGAAACUGCACCUUGUUUUAUGUUUGUCUGUGUAGUGUAAUCCCUCCUAAAUUUCUCGGCUGAUUUAAAUAAUCUUUGAACACUGUAUUAUAAUGUAUUGUGAAUGAUCGUCUCACAAGACUGAACACAUAGGAUAGAAAUACUCUCCAACUAUUCACCUGUCAGAAGGUGCUAGGUGAGUCCGUUCCUACUGGAUUCUAAAAAUACAUGCAGAGCUGAGCACUUAAGAAGUUUGGGAACGACUUAAGUCUGAGCUCACAGUGUAUCACAAUUCACAAAAUAGUAGACACAUUAGGUAUUGUGAGUUACAGCCUUUAGAGAACUAUGGCUUGCUUAAAAUUUCUGUCCCUAACACCGUCAGGACAGUGAACAGCAUCUAGUACAGACUGUGAAGAACACUGUAGAUACGGUCCCUACAAACCAUGUUUGUUUUUUUUUCCCACUAGUAGAUCAACUAAUGGCCUGAACCACUAGAAUGUGGUUUACUGCAGCCCAUCCUCCUCCUCCUGUAUUUUCCUUUUUUCUCCCCUUCCUCCCUGUUUUUCAGGGAUGCAGCAGCCAGAAUGCUCAUCUCCACUGUGCGAUAUGUGCUGCUUGUGAAAUGCAGUGCAGCUCAUCUGUGUAUCAGAAAUGAGUUCAUCCAAUCUGAAAUACAGUACAGUGAAUACACAGUGGAAGACAGCAUUUCUUUUGUAAAAUAAUGAACUAGGAAUUAAUAAUAGUAUCCUUUAGUUAGGUUUCUGACUCUCAAGCAGAGAGAAUUAUUGUUGGAUAGCUAAUGAUUUUGGUCCAACAGUUUUCUUCACUGCACAGUUGACUGAGCUGUUUGUGAAAUAAUUGAGAAACUUGAGGGAGCUAAUUUUUUCUCUAUUCUUCUGUAAAUAUUCCUGGAUUGUGAAGUAGAAGCUUUAACAUGUAAAUAGUUACAAAAAAGUACUGAUAAAUUUGACAGUUAAUGCAUGUUACUGAGUUAUUGACUAGCUUUUGAAGUCUGUUCAUCUGUAAUGAGUUGUAAACUAGCUUCAUCAACUGCGAGGAAAGAAUGCCCUUCGCAAAAAUGUCAUUUAAAAAAAAACAAGAAGCAUAAACUAAACAUUUUAAUGAAGUCAUAUUCCUGCAUGUUGAAUUUAAUUUGGAGUUUUGUUAUGGUAUUCACCGUGACAUCUUUUUUGAGU